AUGAAUAAAACAUUUCUAAUUGUUUUAGUAGUUUUAUUUAUCAGUAUGAUUUGUAUGGUUGCCAAUGCCAGUCUAUGUGACGGUUAUUGUUCGCAAUUUGAAAAUAGAAACGAUUGCUUUGAUGAAACCGGAUGUUUGUGGCGCAGUGAGGAAUUAUCACUACCGCACCAACUUCUAGCUUAUAUUCAUGAAGUUUAUCAGUUAUUAUAA